AUUAAAUAUUCAAAGUAUAAACGGCACAAGUGCAUAUAAAUAAACGAGGAUAUCAGUAAAGGAUAAAUUAUCACAGUAAUUUUGAUUAAAAAAUUAAUCUUCCCCAAACGUUGCUUUCUCUGCUACAGGUUUUCCUUCUUGCUUGGACAAAGACUUUGCGCCUCGUCAGUAUUUCCAAUAUGGCGUAGACCUUAUAUAUUGUUGUUGUUUUUUUAAAUGAUUGGUCCUACGUAAUAUUAUUAAUUUCUGAGAAAGUAGACUUUGACUUUUCAUUAUUUGCAGACCUUAGCGAAUAAAGUUGUUUUUUUUUUUUAGGUUUCACGUUUUAAACUAAAUUCCUAAAAUAAACGUUUUGAUGAUAUUCUCAUGUAUUGAGAUACACCUGUUAUCCAAAACAAUCACAUCUUUGACAGGGCGUCCAUCCAUCCACGGUGAAGGUUACGUGUGACCUCGUGCUGUUUCUCAUCAGCCAAUCAGUGGGAGGAAGAGUUCCCGACCUUCCAGUCGCACUGUUUGAAACGUGGUGUGUGUGUGUGUGUGUGUGGCCCGCAAACAGGUUUCUAGACAUGUCUGUUCGGGUUUCAGCCUAAAAGCUCUGACUGAGUGAGUUGUCAUCGAGAGGCACCUGUUCGUCACUGCGCCAGGUGAAACAUUAUUUAAAACCACGAUGUCGCUGUUUUCGACUCUAUUCAGAGUAAAACAAAAGUGUUUCUAAGUUUUUUUUUUCUUUUUGCGCAUUCCCUCAUUGAAAGAAUCGUCGUACUUUCAGUCUCGUGCCUUUUUUUUUUUUUUUUUUUUUUUUUUUUCGCAUGACUGAAGUGAAAAUCGGGGCAGCGAGUUUGUGCAUUGUUUCCAUGAGCAGAGCAUUGAGCCGGAAUGACUUGAUUUUAUAAAACAGCAAUUUUACACAUAACACAGUAGGCUGCAGCUAAACAAAGAGGAGGCCUUUAGCACAGACUCAUGCGCAGGGCAUCAUCCACCCACUGACUCAGAGAACAAUCAGCCCUCAGAGAUAAAUGCCAGGUUCUCCUCCUCCACGCGUUCAUUUCUGCGUGAAUGCUGUGGUUGGAGACACGCAGCCCCGAACGUGGACAGACAAGCAAAAGGAACCGGGAUAGAAUGAGGCAGCAGGUGUGGGAGAUCUCUCAUGAGAGGUGUGUGGGCCUGUGAGCGUGACCGACUCAAACCGGGAAAUGAGGACCACUCUUCCUUUGUGCAGAGGCGAUGAUGAAGCCUGUGGUCAUCAGCGAAGCCUCAGCAGGGUGGGCUGGAUGAAGAGGCUGCUGUGGCUCAGGUCCAAUCGCUGCGGGGGCAUCCACAUGGACACGGAGCCCGGAGUGUGGCUCAGGAGCUUCCAGCUGCUGGACACGGAGGGACAACAUGAGGAACCGGUGCAGGAGUGGGGCGAGGAGGAGGAGGACGGGGCCAUUUUUGGGAUCACCCUUCGAAGGGAGCCCGCCCCGCCGGGCUUGGACUCCCCUGACCUCUCGCCGGCCUUCGGCUGCAUCCAGUACCACACGGUUAAGGUUCGCAGGCUGAAGGCCGCCACCUUGGAGCGCCUGGUGUCCCACCUGCUGGACGCGGAGCACCGGGAGCCCGACUUCAUCCGGGUGUUCCUCUCCAUGUACCGGGCCUUCACCUCCACCAGCGCCUUCAUCGAGCUGCUGUUUCAGAGAGACGAAGCGCUUACCAACUUGGACAACGCAGUCACUCUGCACAGUCCCGCUCUCCCGGUGGUCCGGCUGUGGUUGGAGGAACACAGCGCCGACUUCCAGGAGCCGCCUCAGUACCAGGCCCUGAGGCUGCUGUGUUUCCACCUACGCCAUCGACUCUGCUUCAGACGUUUGCUUCAGACUGCUGAGGCUUUGCUCAAAAGAUUCCAGGAACAAGAUUGCAGUCGCUCCGUGUCGGAACAGCUCAGUGCUUCCCUGCAGCGCUGCAGUCUCGGCGAUGGAGGAGAAAUGUCCUCUAAACCAGACAAACACAACUUCCUGGACUUCCCAGUUAGAGAAGUAGCGGAGCAGCUCACCAGAUUGGACGCCGAGCUGUUUGUCAAAGUGGAGCCGUUCCACUGCCUGGGCUGCAUCUGGUCGCAGCGCGACAAGAAGGAAAACCGCAAUCUGGCGCCGACGGUCCGAGCCACCAUUUCCCAGUUCAACGCAGUGACCAACCGUGUCAUCACUUCCCUCCUCUGCCCAUCCUCACCCAGCCCAUACACUUCCUCCCCCGUCUUGUCCCCGUCCUCGACCUCCACCUUUCUGCACCCGUCUUCGGCUCCCGGCUCGCCUAGCGGCUCGCACGCCAGUCCGGUUCAGAGGGCGCGCGUCAUCGAGUGGUGGAUCGCCAUCGCACAGGAAUGCAGACAGCUGAAGAACUUCUCGUCUUUGAAAGCCAUCCUGUCCGCCCUGCAGUCCAACGCCGUGCACCGCCUCAAGAGGACCUGGGCCGCCGUGAGCAGGGAAAGCACGACCGUCUUUGAUCACCUGUGUGAGACGUUUCCCGACGAGAACUGCGUCUUCACAAACGGAGAGAUUCUAGUCGAGAGCUUCAGCUGUGGCAUGGUGCCGUACCUGGGGACGUACCUGACGGUCCUCACCAUGUUGGACACGGCGCUGUCCGACACUGUGGAGGGGAAUCUCAUCAACUUUGAGAAACGGAGACGGGAGUACGAGAUCCUCUCUCAGAUCCGACAGCUGCAGGCUUUCUGCUCCCACUACAGCCUCUCGGUGAACUCUGACCUCACAGCCUGGCUCCAGGCUCACACUCUGCUCACGGAGCAGGAGAGCUAUGAGCGGUCUCGGGACUUGGAGCCUCCUGUUGACCCCUACCCCAACUCUCCCAACUCUUGGAGCCGCCGCCUGCUGGCCAAUAAGCUUGCUUCGUUGCGAACGUCACAUUCGGAUCAGAUCAGCGUGUCGUCGUCUGGGUCCAGUGGUUCAGACCUGGAGGACCUCUCCACGCCUCAGCCUUCACCCUUCAGGCUCAAGCUGAAGUCUCUCCCAGGCUCGCUCCACAACGUAGCGGAGGACUUCUCCAUGUCUUCCUCGUCCUCACCGAGCCUCUCCAGCUCGUCCUUCUGCUCCUCGCAGCCUGACCUCUCCUCUUCUUCUCUGGCGCUCAGCCCAGAGUCAUCGUCAUCGUCGUCGUCGUCGUCUUCUUCUUCAUCGCAGUCCACCUGCUCUCCUCAGGCCGUGCUGCCCCUCUACAACAAACAGAUCGCAGACUCGUGCAUCAUCAGGGUCACGGUGGAGUGCGUCAGCAACGGAAACGUCUACAAGAGCAUCCUGCUGACCAGUCAGGACCACACGCCUCAGGUGAUCCAGAGAGCUCUAGAGAAACACAACAUGGAGGAUUUCAGGAGCAGCGACUUCGGCCUCUACCAGCUGCUCAACCACGGAAGAGAGCUUCACAUUCCCGACAACGCCAACGUCUUCUACGCCAUGUGCACCUCGGCCAACUACGACUUUGUGCUGCGGCAGCGCUGGAGGAGCCACGGGAAACAGUUUGGCUCCUUCUCCAGCCCCGGCGCUCGGCCCAGGGGCCGGCACGCCAAAUGAACGACAAGCUUCUGCACAGGCCGAAUACUUACUGACUGACCGCAUCGCCUCGUCGGCGUCGGAAGCACCAAGACGCAUCUGAGGCUCCUCCUCAUUUCUGUUCAUCGCCACAAAGACCGUCGGUGUGUCUGACUGAAGAUUAACUCGGAGCAGCUCUCACUUUACCAGCAGAGUGAACGAAACCCUGCUCUGAGAGAGGAGAGAUGACACCAGAACAGUCCAGAUGCUCAUCCAGGAUUUCUCCAUCUACCACAGUUGUGUAGGUUAUUGGACGAUAGUGGGAUCUGAAUCCCCAGCUGGAGGAAAUCUUCAGCAUUCCCGAGUUUGACUCAUCAGUGGAAACUCCUGAAUGACUACAGAAGCAUUUUUGCUUCACCCAGAUAAUCUGAAAGCGUAACAAGAGCUGCUGACUUUCACCGAGUUCGCACAGAUCAAAUGUAAAACCAGAGCAUGUUUUUAUAUUUAAAACACUCCUUGGAUACAGAGACAUUGUCCUGAGAGUCGCUCAUGAACAUGCACACAUCUUCUAGAUGAAAAUUGUAAUAUUUUAUACAACCUAAAUGUAAUUUUAACUGUUUAAAUUAUUUAACACACUUCAGUAUUCAUGUGUCAGAGAAAUGGCGGCACAAUGUGCUGCAAAAGCA